GGCUUGACUCGAAGCCGGCAGCCGGGUACAGCACGGAGAGCAUCGGGCUCGGGCCGGCACGAUACGUGCCAGCAAGCCGGGGGCUGGCACCAGGCCCGCGGUUGGCAACGGCCCAGAGUCUUGCCGGCUUUGCUCCCCCGCCGCGGCGCCGCGAGCGCGUAUGUAUAACGCGACCCCCCUCCCCAGUCCCCCCAGCGGCAAGGCGGCAACCGUUCUCCCGCGUCCCGCACUCCCGCCCCUUUUCCUUUUGCUCCUUCCUUCCUCGGGAAGCCUAGGGCUUAGGCUUUAAGCGCCGCGAUGUACGGCGGCGGCGGCGGCGGCGGGCACUACGACGGAGGCAGCGGUGGCGCCGGGAACGCUAACGCGCUCUUCGGCGGCGGGGGCUUCAUGCCCUCACAGUCCACGGUGGUCCCGGAGAACAGCGGCCUCUCUAAGGGUCGGAGCGCGCAGACGCUGCUCCCGCUCACCGUGAAACAGACCAUGGACGCGGCGCAAACCAGCGGUGACAGGUCUAAUUUCGCCAUCAACGGCGUUGAGGUGUCUACGAUUAGGCUUGUUGGACGCAUGCUAGGUAAGGUUGAGCGUGUCACAGAUGUUGUAUUCACUCUUGAUGAUGGUACUGGCAAGAUAGAUGUGAAUCGCUGGGAAAAUGAGGCUUCCGAUGCUAAGGAGAUGGCUGAUGCUAAUAACGAGAACUAUGUCAUAGUCAUUGGCGGUUUGAAAGGUUUUCAAGGAAAGCGCCAUGUAGUUGCCUAUGCUGUGCGGCGUGUGACAAACUUCAAUGAAAUAACCUGUCACUUUCUGCACUGCAUUCAGGUGCAUAUGGAGCUCACAGGGUUAAAGCAGAUCUAUUCUUCAGCUGCAACAUAUGGAGGAGUAGCCCAUGCCCCAUCACAGCCAAAUCCGGUUGAUGGAAACUACAUAUCCAACUUGGUCUUGAGUGUUUUUCAUGACCCAUCUGUCAUGGACCAGGAGCAUGGACUGCACAUCAAAGAUGUCAUAGAUCGUCUCAAACUACCAGAUGAUGUAGUCAGAACCAGACUGGCAGCUUGUUUUCCUGCACAUCGUUUCUUCAAGUUCUUGGUUGUUAUUAUUAGUAUUGUGCUUGUCAAGGGCACCGAACCCCUGACUGGCGGGACCUCGGCUACGCAGUUCGUAGCCCUCGGCCGUCUUCUCCGUGCGGCCAUCCAAGGUCAUGUUGAUGUGGGCAACAUUUACAACACAAUUGAUGACUUCCACUACAAAUCUGUCCGGAAUGGAUGACCACGUUGCAAGUCCAGCGUUCAGGCUCCGUGUAGGUAUGGAGCCGUUUCAAGGAAGAAGAAAUGUAAACCCUCUUCAGGAUCGCCUAUAUUUUGCAGAUAGGCUUCAUGGUCAACAGCUUAGCAUAUCGGUUUAGGUGUGUAUUGCUCUCAUAUGUAAUGAUACAUAAGAUGUGAGUAGACUAGGUCUACCUGCAGGACAUCAGUCCGUUCCUACGGAAAUUUGUUAUGAACGUUUUACAUUCUAAGACCUAUAUAACCGUGAAGCACGCAAAUCAAGAAUAGAACCGCCAAAAAAAUGGCAGAGGGACAUUGAGUAAAA